AUGGCUGCAGUUGCAUCCCCAGACCCGUGGUACGAGCUCGGCUCACGCUUCCUCAGGCUCCCCGCCCGCGCUACGCGCGACGGCAGCCGCCCGGGCGAGGUCGUCGGGACAGCGGUCCACGUCGAUCUCUACGGCCGCCCGUCCGGCGAGGCAGCACUGGCGGUGGCCGUGGAGCCCGCCACCGGGGAGGUGCUGUGUUUGCGAGCCAUACACAGCUCAUCGGCCUUUGAGGCGUACGAGGAGGCGUUUUGGGGCGUCAUCUGUGCAUACUUGCGGCGGGAGCCGGCGUCCAAGCCGGCCAGCCUCACGUCGAGCGACCGUGCGCUCGCCGACUACAUGUUUGGGCUUCUUCAGGGGUGCGGGACGGACGUCGCGUGCAUCGACGCCUCCUCGCAGCGCGUCCAGUGGCCGGCGUCUCUGCUGCGCGAGACGCUGCGCCUCCCACACCCACAGCCGGCCACGGAGGAGCGCGCCGCAGCUCGGCCGGCGCCGGCGGAGCCACCUGCGCCGACGCACUCGCUGCCCGCCUUUUUCCAGCCCGAGCCGGAGCCUGCUGCGGAGGCGGGGCGAGCAGAGGAUGCGCCCCUCGUCGCCGACGUGAUGGCGGCGGUGCAGCUGGUGCUACUGGGCGCGUGCCACCACGCGGAGUGCGGCAAGCUGCUCCCCCGGCGCAAGCUCAAGCGGUGCAGCGCGUGCAAGGUGAUGCUCUACUGCAGCGCGGCGUGCCAGGCAGAGAACUGGACCGCGGGCGGGCACAGGCAGGUGUGUAGGGAGCUCCAGAGCAUGAGGGAGGCGAGGGUGGCGGGAGGGGGGAGGGCGUGA